UCUGCACUUCCAGGCUUCUCCUCUCUGAGUCCAGCUCAUUCUUCACACUGACUCUGCAAGAGAACAUAUCCAGAGCUGAGCCUAACCUUCCAGGAGCAGAGCCCAGCCAUCCAGAGCUGAGCCCAGCCAUCCAGAGCUGAGCCCAUCCAUCCAGAGCUGAGCCCAUCCAUCCAGAGCUGAGCCCAUCCAUCCAGGAGCAGAGCCCAUCCAUCCAGCUGAGCCCAUCCAUCCAGGAGCAACAUGGACCUGAGCAACCUUGCAAUCCUCACCCUCCUGCUGGGGACUAUUUGCCUCUCUGACGAGAAACCAGUCAGCUUGACUUACCGAUGUCCCUGCAGAUACUUUGAAACCAACGUGGCCAAGAGCAAUAUCAAACACCUGAAGAUCCUCUCCACUACCAACUGCUCACUGCAGAUUGUGGCUCGUCUGAAGCAUAAUGGGAAACAGAUUUGCUUGGACCCCAAGAUUAAAUGGAUCCAGGAGUACCUGGAGAAAGCUUUGAACAAGAAACGGAAACACUAACUUUUCAGUUCAGAUGUUGGCAAAAAGAAUGCAUAACGAAUCUGUCUUUCUGGCGGUAAUCACUACUAGCAACUCAUCCACAGUAUUCUGAAUGCAAAAUGUACUCCAAACCAUAAUGUGUUUCUGUGUAGAAAAAGAAACAUUAUGCUUGUUAUAUGGCACUGAUGGCAAAAUGGACAGCUGCAAUGGUGUGUUUUUCACCAAUGGCACUUAUACCUUCUACAGAGGUUCAAUGUAGGAGGCAGAAUCUGGUCACUUCAAUACCAAUGAAUACUUACAAGUGACAAAUGCAAUUUGACUUGUUUUUUUAUCAUGUAUCCCCUGCUUCUACCCACUGAAAUUAAGGUAUGCGGUAGAAAGAUUACCUUUGUUUACUGCUGAGGGCAAUAUUACACUUCUAAACAGUGUUAUUUUUAAGCUAUUAACUUUUCAGGAUUAUGCAAGUUUUUAUAAUACUACAAUGUCAUAGAAAUCACAAACUAGUUAAGUACUGUCCGUGAACCUUUUUUACAUUUUCAAAGCAAACUUGCAGGGUAGUCUACCCUUUGUGUAUCAGUACUGCUUGAACUUAGAAGAAGGGGGCAGAUCUCCCUGCAAAUAAAAAAGUAAAAUGGACAAUA